AUGGCAGAGCAUUACAAGAUCUCUGUUGCCAUGGUAGCUGAACCAGAGGAAAGGCCAUAUGCGCGAUCAUACGUGCUCAAGGUAGAUGGAUACUCAAGAACCAAGGCGCUACUCAAGAACGGCGAGUACCUAACCUCUGAACCUUUCAGUGUUGGAGGCCACGACUGGGUCGUGACCUAUUACCCAAACGGCAGCAAGAUUCGUCCUGAUGACAUAUCUAUUUUUCUACGUCUUCACCCCGCCGGUGCCAAAGAUGUGAAGGCGAAAUUCACGUUCAGUCUACUUGAUGAGAACGGAGAACCGGUGCCUUCAUACACCCGUGCCCACGACGAUAUACAUACAUUCUCAAGGAAAGCUCCAAAUUGGGGCUACCAUAACCUAAUGAAGAAGGCUAAGUUGGAAAGAUCGGAGCAUCUGAGAAAUGAUUGUCUCACCAUCGGAUGCCAUGUCACCGUCGUGAAGGAGAUCCUCGACGAAGAAGAAACAAGAGCAUCUCCAAACGACUUGCACCGGCAACUCGGUGAUCUCCUCGAGAGCAAAGAUGCAGCAGACCUGACAUUUCAAGUAGGCGGAGAGAUAUUCCUCGCUCAUAGGUGUGUCCUAGCCACUCGGUCAUCUGUCUUCAAGGCGGAGCUCCUCGACCGCAUGGUGGAGAGUUCUGGUAGUCUCAUUGAAAUUCAAGACAUGGAACCUGAUGUGUUCGAGGCCUUGCUCCAUUUCAUAUACACUGGCAAAGUUUCUCCUAUGAUUGAUGUGGUGAUGGCCAGCCAUCUACUCGUAGCGGCUGAUAGGUACAACAUUAGCAGGCUGAAGCAGAUACGCGAGGAGAAAUUGUGUUCUCAUAUUGAUUCAGACGUGGUGGCAACCAGUUUGGCUAUAGCUGAGCAGCAUGGUUUCCAUCGUCUCAAAGAAGCCUGUCUACGGUUCCUUGCUUCUCCAUCCAAUUUGGAGGCCAUGAUGGCAAGCAAUGGUUAUCGACAUCUCAAGUCUAGCUGUCCAUCUGUUCUCAAGGAGCUCAUAGCUAGAAUACUCCCGACUAAAUGGAACUUGGAAAAGGAUAUUAUCAUGACAAUUUACUAGUAAUCCGUCUGCUUCCAUUAUCGUGUAUUGUCAUAAAAAAAAUAGUACUAAUGGUUAUGAUACUUUUCCAUGUAUGGUUGCAUCAUUACAUGUAUUGUUUCAAAGCAAAAGUGUUAGCAUCAUUCACUCAAUCUAAUAUAUG